CAGGCUCUGAGCCCUCAGACUGGCGGGGAUCUGCGGCCUCCCGAUGCUGGCGGGCGGAGGCGGAGCUCGGCUUUGCAGCGUGCAAUUCCCACCGCCUGCGCCCCAGGCCAGGUGGGGACCGGGCGCUGGGACCCAAGUCCCCCAGAGCCGGCUGGCUGCCUUCGAGCCGAGUCAGCGUCACGGCCGAAUCUAAGUGAGGGGGCAGAGGGAAGGGACAAGGAAGGCUUCGGGGCCCUGGAGGGAGCUUCGCGGACGAGAGCUGGGACCCCGCUCGCCAUGGGGGAGGUGGAGAUUUCGGCUCGGGCCUACGUGAAGAUGUGUCUCCACGCCGCCCGGUACCCGCACGCCGCCGUCAACGGGCUCUUGCUGGCGCCCGCGCCGCGGUCAGGAGAAUGCCUGUGUCUCACCGACUGUGUGCCCCUGUUCCACAGCCACCUAGCCCUGUCCGUCAUGCUGGAGGUCGCCCUCAACCAGGUGGAUGUGUGGGGCGCGCAGGCCGGUCUGGUAGUGGCUGGGUACUACCAUGCCAAUGCAGCUCUGGACGAUCAGAGCCCUGGGCCCUUGGCCUUGAAAAUCGCUGGGCGGAUUGCAGAAUUCUUCCCUGAUGCAGUACUUAUUAUGUUGGAUAAUCAGAAACUGGUGCCUCAGCCUCAUGUGCCCCCAGUCAUCGUCCUGGAAAACCAUGGUCUCCGCUGGGUCCCCAAGGACAAGAACUUAGUGAUGUGGAGGGACUGGGAAGAGUCACGGCAGAUGGUGGGAGCACUAUUGGAGGGCCGGGCCCACCAGCACCUUGUGGACUUUGACUGCCACCUUGACGACAUCCGGCAGGACUGGACCAACCAACAGCUCAACACCCAAAUCACCCAAUGGGUUGGUCCCACCAAUGGAAAUACCUGAGUCAGGGCUGGGAGGUGGGAGGCAAAGGGUCAGGAUCCAAUAAAGAUACUUGGGCUGAAGGGCAA